UUCCUGAUAGGAAUCCCACCCUCCCUAUAGCAGCUUUUGCAUUCUUGCCUUGGUAUCUGCCCAGUGCUAUUUCCCCUACUUGAGCCUCCUUCUAUUUUUUUUCAUGUCUCUAACUCAUAUGUAUCAUUUAAGGUCAACAUCAAGAGUCAUGUCUACCAUGGACCUUUCCCUAAUGGGCCAUCCUUCACUGGUCUUCCCUUUUUAGAACUCCUUCAAGUCAUUCACGCAGUAUUUACAUACUGAGAAGUCAUGGCCAUUUAUAUGAGUUUGCUGGGGCUGCCAUAAUAAAGUACCACAGACUGGAUGGUUUAAACAACAGAAAUUUAUUUGCUCACAGUUCUGGAGGCUUAAAGUCCAAGAUCAAGGUGUCAGUGGAUUUGGUUUCCUCUGUGGCCUCUCUGCCUGGCUCGCAGGUGGCUGCCUUGCUGUGUCUUCCUCAGUGCCUGCGCAUCCCUGGUGUCUCUCUGUGUGUCAGAGUUUUCUCUUUUUGUAAGGACACAAUUCUAAUUGGAUUAGGGGCCACCCUUGCUUUAAUGGCCUCAUAAAAUAGCCUCAUUUAAACUCAGUCACCUGUUUAAAAGCCCUAUCUCCGAAUACAGCCAUAUCAUGAUGUACUGGGGGUUAAGGCUUCAAUAUAUGAAUUUUAUGGGGAUACAAGUCAGUCCAUAACACCAAUGGACACAAGGCUGAACAGGAUAAUAUAUAGAUCCUUGUCGUCUUGUUAUUUGAUAGCCUGGUAGAAAAGCACAUAUUAAACAACCAUUUCCAUGAAUACAUAAUUAAUUACUACUGUGGGAUGGUCCAAAAAGUGGAAGGCAUGGUACUUGGAAAGGUAGUCUGGUGUUGGGGGGCUGGUCAGGAGAGUCGCCCUGAGGAAGUGAGCCUGAAGAGGAGGAUGGAGGGGAGUCCAGGUGAAAAGGCAGGGUCCAGUAUUGCGGAUGUAGAGAUCAGCCUUUGUGAAUUCUCAGUAGCAGAAAGAGCAUGACUUAUUAGGAGUUGAAUGAAGCCGCCGUGGCAAGGAGUGAGUGGUGGGAGAAGGCUCCUGAAGGUCAAAAGGGGCCAGAUUACACUGGGAGUUAUAUCCUGACACCCUCAUUGAAGUGCUUACUACAUCCUGCCUUGGGUUGUUUUAAACAUUUUUGUGGGUGGGGGAGAAGUGGCAUGCAUAUUUUGCUUGCUCCUUUAGGGAGGAAAUCCUUUCUUCAUCUCCUUUUAUAGUCUCCACAGGGCCCUGUAUAGGGCUAGGUAUAUAGUAGAUGCUCGAUAAAUUAAUUAAGUUAGUAUAAUGAGAAAUGAGAUUGAUAAAUUCAUUUGCUUUCUUUGUCCGAAUUAGGGACUAACUCAAUUUUGGGUGUUUCUGUUAUAGGCUGAGAGGUGAGAACUUUUGGUAGUAUGGUGCCACCUAGUGCUCCCUUUUAUCACAACACACAAGGAGCCGGACGGUUAGUAGUGUUUUGUAAUCUGUAAAAUGGAAGUCUUUUCUUUCAUCAGCAUAAACAAACUUGUCCGACCACCCAUCCUCUCAUCCAGUCAUCCAUCCGUGUUGAUGUCCACCUGCAUUGCUUUGCUGUGAGUUGGACACAUCACAGUUCUUUCCACCUCCUGUGGUCCCCUGAUUUCCCAUGUUAGGGUAUUUCUGUUCCCCGUUUUAUAAGUGAUGCUCUCAGGUAUAAGUGUCUGGAUUCCCUAAACUGCUGUUACACUUGCUGUUGACAUGUCAUGUUCUAAAUGAUACCAUAUUGUGUUAGAAUUAAUUGAAGAUUUCUCUUUCUCUCUUUCCCCCAAAGCCAGACUGUGAAUGCAAAGGGCAGGGACUCUGCCUUAGUCAUCUCUGUGAUUCCUGUGGCCAGUCUUGUGCUUGCCAUGUUGAAUGUGCCUAAAAAAAGUAUUUUUUGGAUUGAAUUACUGUUACUUUAGCAGGUCCUCUGCUUGUAAAAUGGCCGUCUAGGAGAUUCCUGAGAAAUUGAAAGACCUAUAGUCCUACAGCUGACAACAGUACAAGGUGGUCAGGGCCCUCUAGGUCUUUCUCUGUUGUUACGUGCCUUCAGGACUGUUAUGGAGUCUCUCUGGAUCAUGGUGGGCCCACAUGCUGCUAGUCCCAGUGUGUAAUCAGGCUUCCUGUAAACAUACAGAGCAGCCUGAAUUGUGUUGUCUGCUCUAUGUCCACUGCAUUUCUUUAAGCUUGGCUUGCAGUUUGGUUCAGCCUGCUUCUCCAGCUUCAUUUGCCACCUCUUCUACCAUUUCCAUACACAUUAUGCUUCAGCCAUAUUUAGUCCUGUUUGUCCACCAGAUAUACAGUUUCUGUUCAUGAAUAAGGUACAAUUGUAUACAUGUUAGUUUUCCCCAGAUUAAUUUAUAAAUUCAAUGAACUUCCAAUUAAAAUUUCUCAUGAGGAACUUGAAAAACAUCCUGAAAAUUAUAUGGAUGUUCAAGGUUCGUGAAUAGCCAGUGUAAUUUUGGCAGACUUAGGGAUGGGGGACCUUGCCUUUCAAUCAUGGCGACUGGCUACAAAACCAUCCUAAUAACGCCUUGUGGUAUUGGCACAGGAAUAAACUAAAGAGCUCAGAACAGACCCAUCUAUAUUUGGGAAUGAAGAUUUUGAAAAAUGGACUCACUCCAUUGAGAAAGAUAAAAAUAAAAGAAUAGAAGAAAAUGACAAUACCUUUAUGACCUUGGGGUUCAGGAGGACUUCUUAAAUCAUACUGGAAAAAAUGUUAGAAAAGUUAACACAAAAAGAAGAUGAAGGGCUGCAAUAUUAAGGAUUAUUAUUUUGCAACUGACCUCAUAGGCAAAGUUUCCAGUCUUGGAAAGCAGAUUAAUGUUCAGACCUUACAUGGACCUCUUGAAAAUAAAAGGAAAAAGACCAGUAAAAAAUAUGACAAUAUAUCACAAAGGGGACCCCGAGUGGCUUAUGAAUAUAUGCAGAAGAAAUGCUCAAUUUCACUAGUAGAGAAAUGCAAAUUAAAACAAAAAUGUUGACACUACUGCUAUGAUACUGACAGAAAUUAGAAAAGUCACUAAUAUGAGUCAGUAUUUGUAAGACACUUAGAAUAGUAUAUAGCAUUUAGUGAACACUAAUGUGAGUGUAUAUGAAUAAAUAAACUACCAUGUGCUGGCAAGGAUGGGAGUGGGGGACAGAAACCCUUACACCACUCACUGAAGUGUAGCGUAGGGCAGCAGUUCUAGUGCGCAAUCUAGCAGUACUUGCUACCCGUGGCUUCCAUCAGGCUACUAGGCAUCUUUCUGCAUUUGGAAGACAAUGUCCUCUAUGGGCAGAUGAAUUUGAGAAAGGCAUACCUUUUGAAUAGUAAUUUCUGGGUUCAUGAUUUGACUAGACUAGGGAACAGAGCUUUUGUGGGAAGAAAAGUACACAUCUUCCUCCAGCAGGGCCGUGACUUGGGAAAUGAAUGCCUAGGUGGUUGAGGAUGAGGGGUGGGAGAAGAGAUGGAGAUAAAGGGAAAAAAAUAAAACAAGAAGGGGUCCUGCAUGUUUCAUGAGCUGAGGAGUUCACUCCAAGGCUCUCUACCUGAAGUUUUAAGAGGAUGGAAAAGGAGAAGAAAGGAGAGAGAGAGCAAGGGAGAGGAAGAAGACAGGGUCUUCCAAGAGGAGUCCCAGAUGCUAGGCAGAUUUUCACCAUGUGGCUCCACUUAACGUUUUUCCAAGGUGCCAAGAACUCUGCACCCUAUUUUUCUCACCGCUAAUAACGAAACCCUUUAAAGGCAGUCUUUUCUCUGUCUUACUGUACCCUCCAUGUAAAAUAUGAAAUCACUCGAACUGAGGUUAUUUCUGGUUCCUGCGACCGAAACGUUUCAUUAGAGGGCAGAGGGCUGCUGCCGGUCCUUCGCCCAUCCACAGCCCUCUGAUCCACGUCUCCUGUGCGUUAAACCUCGGCUCUCCAUCUCCGGCUCCGGGGUCUCCCGCACCGUCCUUUCUCUGGGUCGCCUCUUCCGCUCGUGUUCUGGCUCUGGGACGUCUCUACGCGCGCACACCUUGGGCUCCUCCCAGCCUCUCAGAGGCACAGCCCUUCAUUUUCCUGGUCCCUUGCGAACGUUAGAGGAGCACAAUCCGUCGACGGCCCUACAGGCUCCUCCCCUUUCGAACGUCCUCUAGCGCCCCGAGAGGGCGCCGCCGUUGCCAGGCGACCGGAGGACGCGCCGAGCUCGUGGCGGGGGUUCGGCCCCCGGCGGGGGAGGGAAGUAAAGUGGCGCCGUUUCAGUCGCUGGGGGGAGUGCACAGCCCCUUCCUCAGACUGCAGCGCACUUUCUGCGAUCUCCACAGCAGCCUCUGAGGCCACCCACCCCCAGAGAGCGCCAGGAUGGCCGAGGAAAAGGGUGAAAAAGUAGUACUGGAAGAAACUGCAUUUGAGGAAAUAGAAAGAGAUUUCCAGGAGGUUCUCAAUGAACUUGCAGGAGAUGAAAGUCUGGAGCGAUUUAGGAUGGAAUAUGAGAAGCUUCAUGCUGUCAUGAAAAAGUCUUAUGACAAUGAAAAGCGUCUGAUGGCCAAAUGUAGAGAGCUAAACGCAGAGAUUGUGGUUAAUUCUGCAAAGGUUGCCACUGCCCUGAAGCUCUCUCAGGACGAUCAGACCACCAUCGCAUCCCUGAAGAAGGAAAUUGAAAAGGCCUGGAAGAUGGUGGACUCAGCCUAUGAUAAAGAGCAGAGAGCGAAGGAGACAAUUCUUGCCCUGAAAGAGGAAAUUGUGAACCUAACCAAACUUGUCGAGCAAGGGUCUGGACUGUCAGUGGACCAGGAUAGCAACAUCCGAGACUUACUGAAGUUCAAAGAAGAAGUGACAAAGGAGCGAGACCAGCUCUUGUCAGAAGUGGUGAAAUUACGAGAGUCCUUAGCUCAGACCACUGAGCAGCAGCAGGAGACGGAGCGGUACCGAGAGGUGGCAGAGCAGGCCAUCAGUCAGUUCCAACAAGAAAUCCAGCAACGUCAGAACGAAGCUUCGCGGGAGACUCGGAAGAAGGAAAAACUGGAGAAGGAGCUCAAGCAGAUUCAGACAGACAUGGACACCAGGCAGACAGAGAUUAGGGCCCUCCAGCAGUAUGUGCAGAAGAGCAAGGAGGAGCUGCAGAAGCUGGAGCAGCAGCUGAAGGAGCAGAAGAUACUGAAUGAAAGAGCUGCAAAGGAACUGGAGCAGUUUCAGAUGAGAAAUUCUAAACUCCAGCAAGAGAACGAACAACACAGUUUGGUUUGUGAGCAGCUAUGUCAGGAAAACCAGCAGAAGGCGUUGGAGCUCAAAGCCAAAGAAGAAGAAGUCCAUCAGAUGCGACUUGACAUUGGGAAGCUCAACAAAAUCAGAGAACAAAUCCAUAAGAAAUUGCACCAGAUUGAAGAUCAAAAGUCAGAAGUGGAACAGCACAAGGAAACUCUAAAAAAUCAGAUUUUGAGACUAGAGAGAGAGGUCGAGACUUCAAAGAAACAAGCCGAACUUGAUAAGAAAGCAAUGGAUGAGCUUCUGAGAGAAAGGGACAUAUUAAAUAAGAAUAUGCUUAAGGUGGUCAGUGCGACUCAGAAACAGGUAGACUUGGUAAAGCUCCAUGAACAAACUAAAAGGAACCUGGAGGAAGAAAUCCAGAACUACAAGGAUGAGGCUCAGAAGCAGCGAAAGAUCAUCUUUCAACUGGAAAAGGAGCGAGAUCGGUACAUCAAUGAAGCCAGAGACCUUACUCAAAAGGUCCUCAUGAACAUGGAAGACGUAAAAGUCCAUGAAAUGCAGAUUUUUGACUACAGGAAAAAAAUUGCUGAAUCAGAAACUAAAUUAAAACAGCAACAGAACCUGUAUGAAGCUGUGAGGUCAGACAGGAAUCUGUAUAGCAAAAAUCUGGUUGAGGCUCAGGAUGAAAUAAUGGAAAUGAAGAGGAAAUUAAAGACUAUGACCCAUCAGGUAGAUCAGCUGAAAGAAGACAUCUCUGCCAAAGAGUCAGCGCUUGUGAAGCUACGUCUGGAGCAGCAGCGGAUAGAAAAGGAGAAGGAAACACUGAAGGCUGAGCUGCAGAAGCUGAGACAACAAGUCCUGGAGACCAAACAUUUCAUUGAAAAGCAGGAAGCUGAAGAGAGAAAACUUCUGCGAAUCAUUGCUGAGGCAGAUGGGGAGAGGCUGAGACAGAAGAAGGAGUUAGACCAGGUCAUCAGUGAGCGAGACAUCCUCGGGUCUCAGCUCAUUCGGCGCAAUGAUGAGUUGGCUUUGCUCUAUGAAAAGAUCAAGAUCCAACAGUCCAUGCUGAAUAAAGGCGAGAGUCAGUACAACCAGAGGAUGGAGGACAUGAGAAUCCUCAAACUUGAGAUUAAAAAGCUUCGCCGGGAAAAGGGGAUUCUUGCCAGGAGUGUGGCUAAUGUUGAUGAACUCAGGCAGGAGCUUUUUCACACGCAAAGAGAAUUCCUGAAGGAGAGGACACGGUGCCGAGCCCUGGAGGAGGAACUGGAGAACCCCAUGAAUGUGCACAGAUGGAGGAAGCUCGAGGCCAGUGAUCCCAGUACCUUUGAGCUGAUACAGAAAAUCCACACCCUGCAGAAGCGUCUCAUCAGCAAGACAGAAGAGGUGGUUGAAAAAGAGCUGCUCCUUCAGGAAAAGGAGAAGCUGUAUGUGGAACUAAAGCACAUUCUGGCCCGGCAGCCUGGGCCCGAGGCUGCGGAGCAGCUGCACAUCUACCGCCACACUCUGCGAGAGAAGACCAAGCAGCUCAAGGUUUUGUCUUCGGAACUGAAUAUGUAUGAAUCACAGAGCCAAGAAUAUAAACACGAGAUUGGGAAACUUACCAAUGAACUGCUUAAUUUAAAGAAGAAAUACCUUGCUCAGAAGCGUAAAGAACACAUUCAGAAAAACAAGGACAGAAUAUCCAUGGAUAACACCUUCUCAGUGGCCAAACCAACUGGCCCUCGUUUUACUGGGGGUGGAUUUCCCCUCAGCAAGUCAUCCAAGGUGAAGUGCUAACUUGAAUCUGCUGACUGGGUCCAGUUGGACAGCUCAUGAAAUUCACUCUGAAAAAUCUUGGAGGAAUGUCUUUCAGAUACCUUGGAUUGCAUAUAUUUAGGGAAAUCAGUGCUUGGAUUCCAGGAUGGAAAGAAAUGCAGAACUAUUAGAGUCAUGUACAUGUAAGAGUGAGGAUGCUCUGUGUGGUCCACAUGGAUAGAUAUAAACAGACUAUAAUUAUAUCUGUUCAGUUAGGCUGACCCAUUGCACAAAGCAGAUCUUUGUUACUACCACAUUGAUUGAUUUGAAAUGAACCGUAUCUAGACACUCCGUAUGGAUGAAAUUUUGGAUCUUAAUUUCUCUAUUACAGACAUGCAUAGCUUUUAUAUUUUUAAAAUAUUUUUGAAAUGCAAUACAUUCUUAUUAGUAAGAAUCUAUUUAAUUAUUCCUUAUUAACAAGUCAUUGUAUGAUAUGAGAAAGAAGGACAAACUCUCAAGUAUUCAAAAGUACUUUGAGAAUGAUUUUUAUGUGGAAAUUCAUUUCAGGCCUGGGGUAUGAAAAUAUAUUCCCGAGAGACAUACUAAUAAAUACUCCAUCAUAAAAAUUUAAAGAGAACCUCUGUAGAAAUUUUGAUCUUUUCUUUGGGUAAAGUAUCUAAUUAAAGUUUAAAACUACUAUGAGAAAUGUUUAACGUAAGGAUUUGACUUGAGGAACCAAGACUGUAAAACGGGUUUGGGCUGGUAUCCUCUGAAGGUCUGUCCUUUCUAGAACUCACACUUGGAGAAAGGAGUGACACAGGACAGGAAUCUAGUUUCGUUGCAGGCUGCAGGCCAGCAUUUCAAGCUACGGGAUCAUUGUAUUUUCUUUUUGUUGAAGCCACAGUUUUGUGGGCAUCCGUUCAAAGGUCUCUUGGUAAGUGUUCAUUCAGUAAUAUGAUGGGAGGGGACUCUGGUCAUCUCUUUCACAAUAACUUGACCUCUGUAAUUCUUUAAAGAUUAUUGAGGAGUGAGUAGCCCGGGGAUGAGCAAGGACAAGGUAAGUGGGCCAUUCCAUCUGUGCUGUGGGACCAAAGUUCCCAGUGUGGGAAGCAGGAGGCUUCAUGACCUCAAGAUGUUUGUUCAGAUUAUACAAAGAAGUAGGAUCUUUUGAGGGACCUUUGGCAUGUUCUGCUGUCCUUCUUAGUUUACCACCCCCCGAAGCAAACCCCAGGCAGUGACGGCCAUGAAAGUGAUUUAUUAGGAAGCGAUCCCAGGAAGCCCACUAAGAAUGGGGAUGGAGAUCAAGCUAGGGUACAAUUUCAAGUCAAAUUCCAUGGUGAGAAACUGGCUGGAUCUUUCAGGGGCCUCUGGGGACAAUGUAAUCACAUCACUCAGUUGUCCCCAUCAGGGAGGAGGGAGCUGUGGGAUUUAUAUCCCCAGUGCGGCCAGUCAUUGGCCAAUGACUGUGGAGUCCUUCUGGUUUUCCCUGCUUUGCAGGCAAAGGAGGGUCUUGCCGCCUCGGGGCAGCUCUCAGGCAAAGAAAAGGCAGCUGCUGACCUUUGGAAGUGAAAAUGGUUAAGGGCUCAGGGGAAAUGGGUUGGGCAGUGGCAUCCUCUGUUGCUUCUCCCACAUGGUCCUAGUGGGAGAAUUACUGAUGGAGACCAAUCUCCAAUGUAACAGGUGGCCCUGUGGUCUGAUCAUCAGCUUUUUGUGGUCUGGUCAUCAGCGUGCUGUACAAGAGUGCGGAGGAUGGAUAUGCACCCAGAAAAAUUUGCUGAGAGCACUUUAAACCUAAAGAAUCACAGUGGGCCCAUUUUCAUCUUUGAAAAUCACUGAUGGUAUCUCCCCUCAGACCCAACCCUAUUUUAUUUACACAAAAUACUUGCAGGUAAGGUAAAGCAAUCAUGACACAUGUACAACCCUGGAGAUUUUCCCAUCUGUUCAGAGACAUUGAAGUAUAGCCACAGCCAACUUCCUUCUGAGACCUUGGGUAGCUUUAUAAGAAGUUCACUUUUCUAGGGAAGUGGGGAUCUGUGAUUCUUGAUGUAUCCCAGUAUGGCAAAGACUCUGGAGACAUGCUGGGUUGAAAUCCUGGCUCACUGUAACAGUGUUUUGAGGAUUAAAUGAGUUAAUGCAUGUAAAUUUAGAACAAUGUCAGGCACCUAGUAACUGUUCAGUAAAUAGCUGCCAUGAUUAGUAUAUUAUUAUAUGAGAUACUUUAUGUUUUGAAAUUAGAGAAUAAAUGCUGUUACAUAAUACUUUAUUAUAACAAUGACAAAGGUGAUUCUAAUCCUAAUUUAGAGGGUGGAUGACACUAAAAUAUCUGGUGAGGCUGGAUUUGGUAAUGUAAUUUACAGUUGAAUAUCUUGCAGAAAUGCCAUAUUGGGUGCCUCAUGAAAACGUCUGGAUAUUUUUCUUGUAACUGUGAUCUGGGGACAGGUCCUUCACCUUAGGAAGUCAGGCUGGUGGCCUCUGGCUGCCAUCUUCUUGUUUCUUUCCAUGUCAUGGGGAAGGGUGGUCAGCCUCUGCUGAUGACUGAGGUGCCCUGAGCCAAGAUUACAUGGGCUCUGAGAGCUGAUGUGGCAGCUCUGUGGGCUCAAUAGGCUUUUGUCCAAAUGGAGGAGUGAAUUAAGGAUAGAAGAGGCAGAAGAUCAUGCCUCUGCCUGUCAUUUUCUGCACAUCCUGACAGCCCAGCAUAUUACAAGCAAUAGCUAUUUAGGUGCAAGUGUUACUACUGUAACCACAGCACAAAAAUCAGCUGUUAAAAACCCUGAGAUUUGCAAAUCAUUAAAGAUAACUGAACUCACCGUGGGCUGAGGUGCUUUUAAAAUCAUAAAUUGGAGCUGUGCUGUAAAGCAACAUUAGGAGAUUGUGCAGGAGCAUCAUUUUGCCCUGGGGCUUUCAGGGUUUCAGAAAGGAGUCAUGUUGCUAAACCAGUCAUUGACUCCCAGCUGGGCUGGCAAGGAGCUGGUGAGGUUUGUCUGUUGACGGAGAGACACAUGGUAAAGGGGCCUCACUGCUCAUUGUUUGCUGAUCAUAGCUUCUCAGUGACUGCUUUUAUAGCCAGGUUUUUAUUUGUGCUUACCUAUGAAGAAAUCGCUCAGAGCAAAUGUUUGUUGCUGUGAGAAGCCGAAGGGACAGAGGUGGUCAUGCGAGGAGGAGAUGGAAGCAGCUUUCCUUGUCCUGGGCUGUUAUUUUGCUAUAAAAAUUUAUCCACAGCUGAUAAUUAUAGUUUGAUUUCCUGACUUGCUUAGUCAGAUUCUGAAGUUUGAUCUAGACCAAUAUGCCCAUUGGCAAAUACUAUAUACUAUAUACCAUAUAAAGAAUUUUGAGCUGAAUGGCAUUUCAGAGCCUGGACAAUUUGAGGAAAGAUGUUUUGUCUCUCAAACAUAAUUAUAUGGAGAUCUAGCUGGAACAGGAGCAAAGGAAGGGCAUUUAAAAAUAUUAAAAUGGUAAAAUAGUUUAAAAAUUUAUUUUAGCAUUUUCUUUGUAGUAGAUGGGAAAUAUUUUUAUGGCAUUAUCCAUUUUUAACUUCUAAUUCAAUGCUGUUUUAGUGUACCAUUUCUCAUAUCUAUUAUUUAAAAGUUCCAUUAGGGUUUUGAGACCCAUUAGAAUUUUAUAACAAUAUGAAAUGUGAUAUCAACAGGGUAUCAUUUUUCUUUUUUAUAAUUAAAGAUCAAUUUUUUUUCCUGAUUUUAAAGUACCUGAUUAAUAAUACAGAUAGAAAAUCAGAAAAUACAGUUAAGUAACAAGAAAAAGGACAUCAAUAAUCCCACCAUCUAUUGAUAACUCUUGUUUUCUUGGACUAAAGCUCAUCUCAUUUGCAUGGUUGGCUGUUCCCCUGUUUGGCUGCCCACCAUUUGUUCUGACUGGUUGGUGUUUAUAAUUCCCAAUUGUUAACUUUUGAAGAUCACCUCUGAAAUACUAUUGUUUUAUAAUUUUGAGUAUAUCUUUCUGGACAUUUGAAAUAAGUAUACAUAGGUAUAAUUUGUUUUUCAAAGUCAAAGAUAUAAUUGAGAUACUUUACCUAUAAUAAAAGCACUUAUUUUAAGUGUAGAGUUUGGUAAGUUUUGACAAAUGUGUAUUCUCAAGUACCACUGCCACAAUCACCGUCCCUCAACAAAUGCCCUUAUGCCCCUUGGCUGUGAAUAUUCACAGUCCCAUCCAGUCUAAGCAACAAUAGAUCUAUUUUUUUCAUCGUUAUGUCUUUCUUAUAGUUUCAUACAGCUGGAAUCAUACACUAUCACUCUUUUGUGCCUGGCUUUUUUUGCAUGUAAUAUUAUGGUUUUUGAGAUUUACUCACAUUGUCAUGUAUAUCAGUAGUUCAUUCAUUUUUAUUGCUAAGUAAUAUUGCAUUAUAACAUAACACAAUUGGUCUAUUGAUUUACCUGUUGGAAAUUCAGGUUAUUUCCAGUAUUUAACUAUAAUGAACAAAGUUGCUAUAAACAUUCAUGUACAAGUCUUUAUGUGGAUAAAUAUAAUUUCUCUUGACUAAAUACUGGGGAGUGGAAUUUGCUGGAGUAAAUGGUAGUGUACAUUUAACUUGAUAAGAAACUGCCAACCUGUUUUCCUAACUGAAUGGACCAUUUUACAUUUCUACCAUUGAUGAGUGUGAACUCCAAAUAUCCCAAUCUUUGUCAGUAUUCAGUGUCGUCAGUAUUUUUUAAACCAUUCUAUUAGAUACAUAGUGACACCUCAUCAUGGUUUAAACUUGUUUUCCCUGAUGACUAAUAACGUUAACCACUUUUUUUCAUGUGCUUUUUCAUCAUUCCUAUGUUGAAGUGUCUUCAAAUCUUUUGCCCAUUUUAAAAAUCUUAUUAGGUUGUAAAAGUUCUUUGUAUAUUUUGGGUACAAAACACCAUCCAUCAGACAUAUCUGUUGCAAAUAUUUUCGCUUAGUUUGUGUGCAGGUAUUCUGAAGAGCAGAUAUUUUUCAUUUUAAUAAGGUCUGAUUUAUCCUUCUUUGCUUAAGUGGUUUGUGCUUUUCUUGUGCAAGAAAUUUGUGCCUACUCCAAAGCAGUAACGCUUUUUUUAAACCUGUGUUUUUCUUAAGCAGUUUUAGCUCUAUGUUUAUAUUUAUGACCCAUGUAGAGUUAACUUUUGUAUCGUGUGAGGUUAGAGUAGAGGUUCAGUUUUGUUGCACAUGGAUAACCAGUUCAGCAACAUUUCCUGGAAAGACUGUCAUUUUCCCAUUGAAUUGCCUUGGCACAUUUGUAGAAAAUCAGUUGGUUUUAUUUGAUAGUUCUAUCUAUGAAUUCUCUAUUCUGUUUUGUAGUUCCAUAUCUAUCUAUCUUGAUAACAGUAGCUUUAUAGUACAUCUUGAAAUUGGUUGGUAUAAGAUCUUCAACUUCUUCCUCUUUAGAAUUAUUAUUCUAGGUCCUUUGCAUAUCUAUCUGCAGUUUAGAAUACACUUAAUCAAUUUCUACCAAAAAGCCUGCUGGGAGUUUGGUUGGGAUUGCAUUGAAUCUGUAGGUCAAUUUGGAGAGGAUCACUUUAACAGUAUCGAGGCUUUCAACCCACAAACAUGGUGCAUGUCCUAGAUUACUUAGAUAUUUUAAAAUAUCUCUCAGAAACCUUUUGUAGUUUUCAGUGUGCAGGUAUUGUACAUAUUUUGUUGAAUUUAUGCCUAAGUAUUUUGUAUUUUCUGAUCUUACUGUAAAUGGUAUUUUGAAUUUUAUUUUCCAUUUGUUAUUCAUAUAUGGAAAUAUGACUGAUUUUUGUAUAUUCAUUUUGUAUCUUAGCAUAUUACAAAAUUCAUUUGUUUUACAGCUUUUUGUAAUUAGGGUUUUCUGUGAACAUGUCAUGGUUUCUACAAAUAAAGACAGUUUUUCUUUGUUUCCAGUCAGUAUGCUUUUUUUAUUUGUUUUCUUUAUUUGUUCAUAAUCAUAAUACUUGCACUGGCCAGGACUUUUGGUACAUGUCAAAUUGA